GCCCGGUCGCGCAUGAAUGUCAUUCUAGAUUAGCUAAUAAGUGUUAAACUAAAACAACAUCCUCGCCCUUAGUGUAAAGUUAAAUUACAUAAGUCAUAAUUAAAUAAGGGAAUUUUGUAGUGUUCAUACAAAAUUAUCCUUUUUCGAAUACGGUAACCUUGUUGUCCUUGUUAAAUUGUUUCUUCUAAUAUAACAAUUCGUUAAAUGUUUUCGACGUAGUUUUCCUUCAUACAAUUAAUUUGCUUAAGUAAUGUCACGAAGAAGAUUACUUGUUGGUGGCGCCACAGGCGUCGCCGGCGCAGCACUAGCAGCAUGGGCUCUCUCCGCAGAUGACUCACCCGCCAUUUGGUACAAGCCAUCGACGGUUUCGGCCAAGACUGAACGCAAGAAGAGACCGCUGCCGUCCCGAGCUGAACAGGUCACCAGCUUACAAGGGGGACAUACUUACGACGUGCUUAUCAUCGGCGGAGGCGCCACUGGUGUCGGCUGCGCUUUGGAUGCUUGCACGAGAGGUCUCCGUACAGCCCUCGUCGAAGCCGACGACUUCGCCAGCGGCACUUCCAGUCGCAGCACCAAACUCAUCCAUGGCGGCGUCAGAUACCUGCAGAAAGCUAUCAUGCAGCUCGACUACGACCAGUACAAGAUGGUGAAGGAAGCGCUGCACGAGAGAGCUAAUAUGUUAGAGGUGGCGCCGCAUUUGACCAGGCCACUCCCGAUUUUGUUACCGGUUUACAAAUGGUGGCAAGUACCCUACUACUGGUUCGGUAUCAAAAUGUACGAUGUGGUAGCUGGCGACAGGAACGUGAAGAGCUCCUAUUAUCUGUCCAAAAAGAACACAUUGGAACUGUUCCCCAUGUUAAAAUCUGAUAAUCUCUGUGGUGGCAUCGUAUAUUAUGAUGGCCAACAAGACGACGCUCGAAUGAAUCUGGCCAUUGCGCUGACUGCAGCUCGGCAUGGCGCCACAAUCGUUAAUCACGUCAGCGUCACCAAGCUGCACAAGACUGGUGGAAAACUCAGCGGUGCUAGGGUUAAGGAUGAGAUUACCGGCAAGGAAUGGGAUGUGAAAGCAAAGAGCAUCAUCAACGCGACCGGCCCCUUCACUGACAGUAUCCGCAAGAUGGACGAGCCCACGGUUAAAGAGAUCUGUUGUCCGUCCAGCGGAGUUCACAUUGUCUUGCCUGGUUAUUACAGCCCCGAACAUAUGGGUCUGCUAGACCCGGCCACAUCUGACGGUCGCGUUAUUUUCUUCCUGCCCUGGCUGAAGGGAACUAUCGCGGGAACCACCGACAUGCCCUGCAAGGUCACGCACAACCCCAAGCCGACAGAAGACGAGAUUCUGUUCAUCCUCACUGAAGUCAAAAACUAUCUCAAUCCAGAUGUUGAAGUCCGUCGCGGCGAUGUACUCUCAGCAUGGUCCGGCAUCAGACCCUUAGUCUCCGAUCCCAACAAGGAGGACACACAAUCCCUGGCCCGUAAUCACAUCGUGCACGUAUCCAAGUCCGGCCUCGUCACUAUUGCGGGUGGCAAGUGGACCACGUACCGUGCUAUGGCGGCUGAGACCAUCGACGCUGCUAUUGAAAGCGCCAACCUGAAGCCGCUGUUCCGCGAGUGCCAGACCGACGGAUUCUUCCUCGAAGGUGCCCACGGCUGGACCCCCACCAUGUACAUUCGAUUAGUACAAGAUUUCGGCCUGGAGAUGGAGGUAGCACAACACUUGGCCAAGUCAUACGGUGACAGAGCGUUUGCUGUUGCUAAGAUGGCCGCCAUGACCGGCAAGAGAUGGCCUAUCAUCGGCAAAAAAAUUCAUCCAGAAUUCCCUUACAUUGAUGCUGAAAUCAGAUAUGGUGUCCGCGAGUAUGCGUGUACUUGCGUCGACAUGCUCGCAAGACGCCUACGGCUCGCGUUCCUCAACGUACAAGCGGCCGUAGAGGCGUUACCAGUUGUCGCCGACAUCAUGCAGGAGGAACUCAAAUGGAGCAAUGACGAGAAAAAGAGGCAAAUUAAAGAAGCCAACGAAUUCUUAUCCAACGAGAUGGGUCAACUCGUCAACCGCGCCAGUCGCGACAAGAUCCCCAUAAACCUCAGCAAGGACGAGAUCCAGACGUACAUCAAACGGUUCCAGAUCAUUGACGCCGAUAGGAAGGGAUACGUGUCUAUCAACGACAUUAGGAGGAGUCUUAAGAGUAUGGGUCUGAAGCCAUCCGACGCUGAACUAAGCGCUCUUCUGUCCGAGAUAGAUCUGACAUACCACGGGCAGAUGGAAAUACAGGACUACCUGCAGAUGAUGUCGGCCAUCAAGUCCGGCCACGUGGCCUACUCCCGCUUCGCGCGCAUGGCCGAGAUGGAGGAGGAACAUCACGAAAAGGAAUUGUUGAAGAAAAUGAUCACGGUCGACAGGAGCGGUGGCGGAUUGUAAACGUUCAUAUCGUCCAAGGCGUAUCUACCCUAACCCAGUCAUAAGUAUUAUUAGAAAUCACAAACAACCCAUACUUCUCUUUAAAAUUAGUUCUUUGGUUAGACCAACAAAUUACUUUAUAAUUAGCUUUUAGAUUGCAUUAUGUGAACUCAAAUAUUUGAUUCUAGCUAAAAGCA